CCGGAAAACGACAAAAGUCUCGUUGUGCGUGUGUGUCGUGUGUGUGUUGUAUGUGUGUUUUUCUCCCCACCGCGCCUGCGGAAACGACGCUUCCCGCUUCUGGUAGCCAAUGUCCGCUGGCGUUGCGGCUAGGCCCAACUCGAGGUCUCUGCGUCGCGAGGGUCGGAGCUUCCGCUCCGGGCUGGAACGCACGCCCGUAGUCAGCUCCCAGGUCCCCCCCGGCAUACGGCGGCGACAAGGGCGCCGCCGUCGUCUGGGAAGUUAGGGGCGAGGGAGCAGCUCCGCAUCGGGACCGAGCUGCUGUGUCAUAAUCACCGUCGUCACAUCUCAUGUCCGGGAUGCUUCAUCUAUUGCCGAGGCGCGCACGCGGCAGUACCCGAAUUCCAUUGACAGGGAAUGUUAAAAAUACAACAUGAAAAUAUUAUAAUCACAUUGAACUUCCG